UUCCGCACGGUCCAGUGGGAGCUGUAAGACCCAAGAGACGGAUCACGAGGGACCAGGGGGACUGCGUUGUGACGACCGAUAGACGGGCUCGCACCAGCGGAUCCCAACGCGAGUUCGACGGCACGGCGACCGAAAACUGCGGCUCUGUCGCGAGUGGCGACACAUAGGUUUGCGGGCGAGUAUUUCUCGACACGGGACAAAUAUCCAGUGUGCAAUUAACCACUGAGGACCGGUCUUGAAUUAUGAGUGACUCCGGGAACUGACAGCCGAUUCGGUCUGACUUCCCGUGAGAAUUACCGCGACAGCCCAUUUUAGCACAGCUGGAAGUCGAUUUAAGGCGAAUCACCUUCGAUCGUCGGGAUUAUGAACAGCGGAUUAGCAGGUCUAUAAAAGAUUCUCGCAGAAUACGGACGGGUGCCUAAUUAUAACUACAUUGUGGAUCUUCUUGAGCAAUAGCUAAGGUGACUGGUCGCUGGCUAAACUUAUUUCGUUUUAUUUCAUAAUUUUGCAUAGCGCCUAACAGCAAAAAAAAAUCCGGCCGAGGGACUCAACUCUACAAGACAUUGCUGUAACAGCACGCAUAUCAUCGAGUUUCGCCGGACGAUUUGAGAGCUCGUCCUGUUGCUCGUGACCUCGCCUGGGCGAAGCGCACGGUCGCUGUCUCGGUGCGUCGGUGGGGAGGUCACCUGUUGGCCGGGUCAGCCGCGGCACGCCGGUACCGGACCUAAGUCGCCGAUUGCCGGCGAUCUGUCUCCUGUCGGACGGCUGCCGGCGACAUGGAUCUCCAUCUCUCAGUCUGCGCCGUGGCGCUGCUGGCGGCCGCCGGACUGGUGUCUGGACGGACCCUGUUUCCGUACGUGGGCCCUGCUGCGCCGCUGACGGUGCACACAGCACUACCACUAUCAUCACCGGCCAACACCACGGUCGUGCGACUGCGCGCCACCAGCGACACCUAUGUGCUGCCGGGCGAACUAGAGGUUCCGCAGUUCUCCGUGCGCGGAGACGACGCCGACCUGUUCUGGGUCACGGCCGAAGGAGACGUGCGGCUGGCGCGAGCGCUUGAUUCGGCCGGUGUGGGACCCGGGAGCCGCACGGUGACGGUGGAGGCCGGGUUUCCGUCGGAUCCGCCCGAUCAGCGGGCUCGGAUCACCCUGCAGGUCGACCUGGUGACGUCACUGGGCGACUGCAGUGCCGCCACUGCGCAGGAGCUGUGCUGGGGGCCGUGGACGUUCGUUACGGAGCUGCAGUGGUUCAGCGACCUGCCGACUGGCGACCAGCCACCGCUGCUGCUCGACUUUGGCUCUGCUCAGCAGACGGCCUGCACCCAGCCGACAUACCGGUUUGACCUGGCGCCGGUCAGGAACAAAUACUGGACGCCGUCACGUGACUCGCUGACCUCUGGAGGGUCAUGGAUGGAGGUCACCAACGUGACCCGCACUGGCGCCGACCACCGCUUCGUGGUGAAGGUCUCCUGCCGGCUCCCUGACAGCGAAACAGAGCUGCGGAAGAAGCUGACGGUGAACGUGCUGGAUAGAAACGACCACGCGCCGCGGGUGUACCACGAGGGCGAGCACGUGCAUGACGUCUACCUCUGCGGCCAGCUCGAGGUCAAGAAGGGAGAGCGCGUGCAGGCGACGAUGCAGGUGCGGGACGACGACCACCACACCAUCGAGCACUUUGACGUGCGCCUGGAGGGGGACCACGAGCACCUGCUGGAGCUGGCGCCCAACAGCUACUACCUGGAGAAGAACGCCAGGACGCUGCUCUUUGCCUCGCUGGAGUAUCGGCAGCAUGUAAACCUGGCGGAGCGGCUGGGCGCGCAGUUCAACUACUCGGUCCGAGUCGUCUUCAGGGACCGGACUCUGCACCCAGCCUACGGAGAGGGCUCGCCAUGA